CCAUGCAAUUUGAAACUUUAUAACAAUAUUCAUUACUUUUUAAUUACUAUAUAAAUUGAAAAAUCCCAUACUGAAAUAGCAUCCACUAAUCAAUAUCCAAUAAAUAUCUUUAUAACUAAUGUCAUAGGUUUCAAAUUCCAUAGGUAAAGUUUUAUAACAAUAAUUACUUAUACAAUUUAAAAUAGUGACUGUGGCUAAUUUCACAAAUAGCAACUUUUAUAGUAUAAGAUAUCUCCAACUGUAAUUUGAAAUAUAUGCAAUGGCCCUUCCCGCCGUUACAGUAACUGCCACCAACUCUUUGCCAUCCCCGCCUCAAUUCCUUUAUAAAACUGCCAGCAAUAACCUGGACUCUACAUCAUCAUGGACCUCGUUAAUAGCCAAUCAUUGCAAAAAUGGCCGUUUAAUCGAGGCGGUUUCCGAGUUCACCAAAAUGAGGAUUUCCUGCAUUGAGCCCAACCACGUUACCUUCGUUACACUAUUCUCCGGUUGUGCCCAUUUUCCUGCGAAAGCUCAGUCUCUUGGAUUUGCUCUUCACGCGUAUGCUCGAAAACUCGGGUUGGAUACUGGGAAUGUGAAAGUGGGUACUGCUGUUGUCGAUAUGUAUUCAAAGUUUGGACUUGUGGGGUUCGCUAAAUUGAGUUUUCAUCAUAUGGGUGUUAAGAAUAAGGUAACUUGGAACACCAUGGUUGAUGGUUACAUGAGAAAUGGGGAUUUCAAGAAUGCAGUUAAGGUGUUCGAUGAAAUUCCUGAGAGAGAUGUUAUUUCUUGGACGGCUUUGAUUAAUGGGUUUGUAAAGAAUGGGCUUUUUGAAGAAGCUUUAGUGUGGUUUCGUGAAAUGCAGUUGUCUAAUGUGGAGCCUGAUUAUGUAACAAUGAUCGCGGUUCUUUCGGCUUGUGCUAAUUUGGGUACUCUUGGUAUAGGCCUAUGGUUACACCGGUUUAUAUCGCGACGAAGUGAAUUUAAGGACAGCGUUCGUGUUAAUAACUCGUUAAUCGACAUGUAUUGUAGGUGUGGGUGCGUAGAGUUAGCGUGCCAGGUGUUCGAUGAAAUGCCAGAGAGAAGUUUGAUUUCGUGGAAUUCAAUCAUUGUAGGGUUAGCAAUCAAUGGUCAUGCAUUAGAUACUCUACAGUAUUUCGAUUCGAUGCAAAACGAAGGUUUUCAACCGGAUGCAGUGACCUUUACUGGAGUUUUAACAGCAUGUAGCCACGCUGGUUUAGUCGAAAAGGGGUUGAAAUAUUUCAAAGCAAUGAAAGGAAUUCAUAGGAUUACUCCUAGGAUUGAACACUACGGGUGUAUAGUCGACCUUUAUAGUCGUGCGGGAAGAUUGGAAGAUGCAUUAGGCUUUAUUAAGAAUAUGCCCGUGAAGCCAAAUGAAGUUAUAUUGGGGUCUAUAUUAGCAGCUUGUCGAAAUCUUAGCGACGUAAGACUAGCUGAAAGGCUAAUGCGUUAUAUCUACGAAUUGGAUCCGGAUGGAGAUUCAAAUCACGUGUUGCUUUCUAAUAUAUAUGCUGCGGUAGGAAGUUGGCGUGGAGCUAGUACUGUGAGGAAGAAAAUGAAGGCGCUCGGGAUUCAAAAGAAACCGGGAAUUAGUUCCAUUGAGAUCGGUGGUGCCGUUCACGAAUUUGUGUCUGCAGAUAGAUCACAUAACCAUGCAGAACAAAUUUAUGCAAUGCUUGAGCAUUUUUCAGGUGAGCUUAGAGUGUCUGGCUAUGUUGAAGAUGGUGUAAAUGAAUUAUAUGAAUGUGGUUGAUUGCUUUCAUUUUGUGUCAAACACAUCAUUAUAAAGAAGAGUGAGUUUUUGCUUUGAACUUGACUGAUCAUGUUGUGUAGUUGAACUAGUAUCUAUUCAUUUGAAAAGGCAUAACUCAUAAGGCUGAAAAAUUUAAGCUUUUCUAUGUAUACUAAACUGGACUUACAAUAGGUCCUAUUAUCGGUGUCUUGGAUUAGGAUUUUGGCUCUAUUCCACA